AUGUCCUCCAGGAUUACUCGCUCAGCCGCGAGACUAGCUGCAGAACCCCCUCCGCCCGCCACCUCAGGUCCCACUCCUGCGAUUCCCGCCGCUGGUUCGGCUCCAAGUCGGAAGCGUAAAGCCCACACACGAAGCGAUCGGUCCGUGGAAGCCCCCGGACAGCCGAAUCCUCCGUCUCCCCCACGGAGAGCCAAGAAACAGCGGCGUGCAGCUUCCCCCCAACCGGCGGCCGCCUCUGCUCCUCCCCGCCGUUUCAUCCUCACAUCCAACGGAGGAGCCCUCAAGGAACCAGCCGUCACCUCCGACAUCCAGAAGAAAAUCGAGCAGAAAUGGGAAGGUGUCACAAGGUAA